CACAUUCAGUCCUUUCAAAUGAUACCACACUUGUAUGGAGCGAAUAAGCAGCAACAUAACUCAUUUAUGUGCAUCAGAUACCUUAAGAAAUGUGGCUUGCUAUAUAAUACGGACAAACCUGUUACUUUAUCAUCGGAGUAUCACUUUCACAUCCAAGUGCAAAACAACAACAGCCUCAAAAUGGGUCUUCUGUACUGUAUCGCCCUCGGCUUGGUUUGUGCAUGCGCAUAUGUGGAAGCAAUACCAACAACAACAACUGAGCCUAGCAUCAUUAUCGGCAACCCUUCCGAUCUUUUCAACACAGCAGUGUUUAAGUGCGCCGAUGUCAUAUACGGGACCAUGUUAAUGCAAAAAAUGUUUCCACCAGCAGAUAGCUCACUUCCAGAGCUAAAAACUUUAAAUGCUUCCCACGCGAAGGCUAUCUUUGACGCUAAUAUCGAACUACUUUGUAAAGAUGUUGAUAAGUACUCUCGUUGCGUCAAACAUUUUAGUAAGGUUGGAUGCACGCCAGAGGAAGAAUAUAUCAGACGGUACAUCGAUAUUGACCAAUUCGGACCAGCUCUCGGGUUAUACUGUACGAACAAAGAGCUUGUUAAGAGUAACUUUCUUUGCACGUUGGAGAAAGUCAGAAAAGGAGAUGUCCCAUGUGAAUUUGGUGGAAUUCAUGGAUGUAUUAAAGGACUCCUGCUGUAUGCAACACAGAGCGUCACAAAGGAAGUUUAUUGCAAUGUCAGAGAGGCGUCGUUAAAUUGCCGAAAAACUCAGCUGGCAAGCUGUGACGUCACCUAUGCCGAAGUUAUGAAUUCCGUCGCAGCAAAAUUUCCAGCUAAAUAUUGCUCGAGCUAGAUGACAGAGUUGCGUUUAACACUGGUCAACGCCGUUAUUAUUUAUUCAACUUGUAAUUGUUUAGUCUAAGAGUAAUUUAUAUCUUUUUGCAUUGUAUUUUAAAGCACAAUACAACUGUUAUAACUUAAUCUUUGUAACGAUUACUAUUAUUUCUCACCUGGUACGUUCUACACGAAAUGUUUUUAUGAUAAUGAAAUAAAUAAAGCCGUAACUUGCACAAUGUUUUUCAUCAGGCCAAAAAUUAGUUAUUGUUUAGAUUAGGAUUACAUCCUUUUCCAAAAUUGGAACGUUAGGCAUGUUUUUUUAGGUCUUAUAUUAGAAUGUUAUUGUCAUCAUUGAAUAAUGGUGUUACAUGCACCUUCUGUAUAAAGCUUUCAAAAUUUUAAACCACAUAUCAAAACAUACUCUUUUUUUAGUUUUUAAUUUUGUUUACCAACAGUCUAAAACAACGGUAGGGUCGGCGUCAUCUCGUAGGUAGGGUCGGGUAACCUGAACCAAACGUAUUUUUAGUACUUAUUAAGUCAUCGGGUCAUGUUAUCAUUGCAUGUUCCUCAAGCAGUUUGCAUUUUAAUGUUAUUGGGCGGGGCCUUACAGAUAAUAUCAUGUACAUAGUACUUAUUUUAAAGUGACAACCUUAUUCAAAAUCAGUGCAUAAACAUGUAUAACAAACAUAGAUUUUGACUGAUAAACCUUAAACUACUUACUAAAUAAUGCAUUUAUGGAUAAUACUAGCUACUGAUAACAAGAUUGUAAUCAUGAAUUAAAUAGCAAAAAGCUCAAAAA